UCCAGACACAGCCUGCAAACCGCCUCGAGCAGUGAGAUUCCGGCAUCCCGGGACCGCUCCUCAGUGUAAUUAGUGUGUAGAUAGGAAGUUGGCCGUUUUCACCAUCACCAUCAACCGAAUGUAUCAGUGACCUGUCGCCAGGAUCGUACCUGUGUGCCUGCGUUCGUUUUACCGUGUGCGCGUCCCUUGAGCCAGUUGCUUGUCCACGGUCCUGCUGUGAUUAAGUGUUCUUUUGAGUGUCUCUGUGUGUAGUAAAAUAGUUCUAACAAAAAUGGCAAUGUCGUUCGGAAACGUCCUGCUGCUAGCCGCACUGCUCGUGGGAUAUUCCUACUGGAGCUUAGCCCAACCAACGAACCUGAUCGAGAUCCGGUGCAAGAUGCAGCGCGAUGAGGACAUCAGCACGUGUAAAUACGGCUUCUACAUGACCACCUGCAAAACGUUCGCCUGCUGGAAGGGCCCGAACGAACCGUGCGGCGGCGAGCUGAGCAACAACAUGCUGUACGGCAAGUGCAAGUCCGGGCUGCGGUGCUGCAACGGCCGGUGCACCGGCUGCCUGAACGGGGUGUGCAGCGACUCCUGCCACCCGUCCAAGCUGCACAGCUUCCAGCAUCGCUCCGAUCCGUACAUGGUGGAGGAGCGCCACCUGAGCCCGCUCUACCGGUUCUUCGACUACUACAGCAACGAGUAAGGCGGCUACAGUCACACUCCGCCCGAUCAACCCGAUCACCACAGUCACACAGUCACCCACGCACUACCCCUGAUACUUACGCCGAUCGAGCAAAAGAAGAAGAAGAAGAAGAAGAAGAAGAAAAAAGAUAAAUAAACGCUUCGCAACACAACGUGUCGCAAUGGUAGCCACUUCAAACGAUGCCAGUGAGCUUUGCCAUCCGCGCAACGAUCUCCGCUCUCCUGUUCGCUGUCCGGAGAUCCUGGGAACAUUCCACCAUCCGCAGCCCCUCUAGACAGUUUGCUUCUACUUAGAUAAGAACACGUAUAGCCCUUCAAUAAAGCAGAAAAAAAGUAAUGUAACAUCUACAUGCA